UACACUUAUACAGAGUAUAAAAUAGUGGAGCUUUGAUCUCACACCUCAGUUUCUGUCUCAAAAUAACAGAACAGAACAGAGCAGAACAGAACAAACCUGCUUCUUCUCCUUGUUCUCCUCCUUAGCUUCUCCAAUAAUUUUGAGAUGGUUGCAGAACAGAAGGACACAAAAGUUGUUCUGACUAAACCAUUCUCAUUAGGAAGUGGAUCAGUUUCAGACCCAGCUUAUGGAGCCCCUAGUCUCCUAAAACGUGUCUUAACCCUUUUUAAAAAUGUGAGGCUAGGAUCAGAUCUCACAAAAUUCCAGCUGCCACCUAUGUUUAAUAUCCCAAAGUCUCAACUUCAGUGCUAUGGUGAAUCAGUGUAUAGCACAGGUUUGGAUAUGCUGAGCAGAUGCAACAGUGGGGAGAGUCCUCUGGAGAGGUUCACCUCUGUGGUGGCAUGGAGCAUAUCCACCACACGCCCUUCUCCUUUUGGGAUUGCACCCUAUAAUCCUAUUCUUGGAGAGACUCACCAUGUCUCAAAAGGAAAUCUUCAUGUCCUACUAGAGCAGGUUUCACACAACCCUCCUGUAUCAGCCCUCCAUGCAACAGAUGAGAAGGAAAACAUUGAAAUGAUAUGGUGCCAGCAACCCGUUCCAAGAUUUCGUGGUACAUCAGUUGAAGCUCAAGUUCUUGGUAAAAGGCAGCUGAAGCUCCUAAACCAUGGUGAAACAUAUGAAAUGAAUUCUCCUAAUCUUUUCAUUAGAAUUCUUCCGGUUCCUGGUGUUGAUUGGGUCGGCAAUGUUAACAUAAAGUGCCUAGAGAAUGGCCUAGUGGCUAAGUUAUCUUACAGAUCAAGUUUAUUUGGUGGACAUGGUAGAUACAUCAGAGGCCAAAUCCUUGAUUCUUCAUCAACAAAAGUUUUGUAUGAAGUUUAUGGUCAUUGGGAUAGUAUUGUUCAAGUGAAGGAUACUAAUAAUGGGAAGGAGAGAGAGAUAUAUAAUGCAAAAGAAGUCAUUUCAGAGCUCCAAGCUCCUAUUGUCAAAGAUGCUAAGAGUGUGUGGCCAACAGAAUCAGGAGUUGUUUGGGGUGAAUUGAGCCAAGCAAUUCUAAACAAAGAGUGGGAGAAAGCAAGAGAAGCAAAACAAGCUGUGGAAGAAAGACAGAGGAACAUGUCCAGAGAAAGAGAGACACAAGGAUUGUACACUUGGACUCCUAAGAACUUUGUGGUGUCUUACAGUAAAGAAGCUGGCUGGGAAUGUUCACCAAUUCAUAAAUUGGUCCCUCCUGCUCCCAUCAUAGCACAAUAAUUAUUCUCCUUCAUUAUAUGUAUUAUCAUAUGAUAGCUCAAAAUUUGAAGAUGUCUUUAGUUUUUGCUCAAACACCGAAAAUGAAUUAUUAAAAUAUACAAAUAUGAAAGUGGGGCAUCUUUGUUAAUUAGCAGUAUAUGUUAGCUGCAAAAUUACAAACUACAAAUGGAAUAUAACUUUGAUAUUG